GCACAUAUUCAGCAAUGGUUCGAAAAUCUUCACUACCUACUUCAUUAUUAAAUCGCUAUGUUAGAUUUGUAGACUUCUUGGACUACGUACAUUUUGGAAUAGCAGAUUUUGUAGAAGAAACGCGGCAGAGAUUUGGAAAAUUGCUAUGUAUAUUGCUUACGGUUACCGUUAUCUUUGUUGCAGUUACAAUAGUAAUUUCAAUCAUCAUCUGCAUAGUUCUGGCAGUUCAGCAUAAAAAAGAGGAAACUUCUGACGCAGCAACAACGCAAACGUCAGGGAUUUACACGACAGAUCUACCAAGCUUUGCGACGACGCAGUCUUCAGAUAGAGGAAUAAGUACUACUACUGUGAAAAGUACAACGACUGCUGGGAGCGAAAUAACUACGAACAGCCCCUCAAGCUCAAAGAAGACUUCGACUACUAAAACAACCACGAGAGCCAGCACAGCGACUACUACGAUUCAUGCAUCGACAGCUAAUCUCACGAAUAGUCCCACUGCGCGGAGCAGUACAUCUGCCUCGAUUCUAACAACUGCUAAAAGCACAACCAAUGCAACAAAACCCGUAUCCACGACAAAGCCACCAGCGAAGAAAUUUGGGGACGUUUUCGGUGAUAUGGUGGCUGAUUUCUCAAAGUUCAGUAUGAAGGCAGAAGAUAUUUUUAGUUCCGGUGACAAUCCCUCUCCUCCUGGUGGUGAAAACGUUAUUGAUCACAUCAACAAUGCAACCGACAAAAACAAUACCGCAAACUGUCUGCUAUUCUUAACGGGCAGCAAGGAGGAAAAGCCCGUUUGGAUGAUUGACCCGAUUUAUAAUUACACGAGGAUUGUGAUCAUCAGCUUGCAAGGUGCCGAUUUUACCAACAACGUUAAUAUUACAAGAGGCUUUUCCCGGAACGUAGACCUCGAGCAUUUCAAUGAGUCUGACAUCCAAGCUGUAUACGAUGAAAUCAUACGGGGCUUCAAGAGGAGUUGGACUUACACGUACUUGAACGAAUACAUUGAGUACCAGUAUGUCUAG